CRCUUACUAUUACUGGUACUMGUAUCUGGUAACCCAGCAGUGCUCUGCUUUUUUGCUUUUUUCCUCUKAAAAAAAUUGAUCGUGUUUUCAUUUUCUUGACACAACUAUGACGAUUGCAACAUCCUAGAGAAGAAACAAAGUACYACUCCGUACCCACCUAAUCCAACCCGGAAGGACUGACAAAAGARGAAUGGAGGACUGGUCGCCAUUUUAUUGCCUCCCCAGGGCAGAACUCACGCCAUCCGGACUGCUCCAGCUGGACACCACCGACCACGAGGUGYUGCUGCUGCGGAGGUCCGGGGUCGAAUUCCGCCACGAGGGACCGACGCCCAUGGCCCCCCGACCMAGGGGACUCCCGCCGAGCGAGCGCUGGAAGAACACAACGCCGUUCGAAAUGGUGCUGACCAUCACGACCCAUCGGUUUGUCUUGUUGUACAAGCACGAUCGAGACAACGACGAAUCGCAGGGCACCGGGCGCAACAACAACAGCGACAUCGACGCCCGUCUCGUUCACUUGUCCAACGUCAGAAAAGUCGAGGCGUCGGGCGGUCCCUCCCUGAUGAGUCCGAAUUCGAGCUACAAGAUUGUUCUGACGACAAAAACCUACGACACGCUGGUGCUGGUGUUUCGAAACAGCAUCAUGGGAGGAAAUUCUUCCCGGAGCGAUCGCGACCAAUCCCUGCGGGAGCUCACCAAGGCACUGGAACGCAAGCGGUGGGAAGUCGCGAGCCGGCUGGAGCAGAAAAAGGCCUUAGAGGCGUCCAGGUUCAGCAGCAGCACCCUCGGGACGUCCGGCCACAAGGUCGGUCUCGAUCGAAUCCUGGCCAAGAACAAGGCACGGCACCAAGAAAACGCAAAGCUGGCCGAGGAGGCCCUAAGCGGAGAYUCCGAACACUUGUUGACGGAAGCUGCCGAGCUCCUGAAGGUSAUCCAGAAGUACACCGUCCURGUGCAAAAAUUCGAGGGCAGCAACAGCAAUUCAGACGACGAAGAGGCCGCCAUUAAGCUGAAGGGGUGAGUGCUGCUUUGGCGUUAGUAGAGGUGUGGCGUCGUCUUGUGAACKGGAGGAACCUUGCGAAGCAUGGUGACACUGGAUUGCACACACGCGAAAUAACAAGUGUCAUGAUAGGACAGAAUAGAGUCGCAAAGAGAAUACAAUGCACUGGCAGUAUGGUUUGCUUUGAGCUCCUCUCAUCCCUACUUUUUUUCUCGCUUUCGUACUACUGCUUUGUAUCUUGCACGCUGCUUYUAUUUCUCGCGAACGAAAAUUKAAAUCCACAAUCGAAUUGAAUUCAUUCUGCAAUACGUCCAGAUUGCUGUCAGACAUGGGUAUGACCUCGGCAUUGUCGCAAUCGAAAAUGGCGGGUACCGGCCCCAAGAGGUAUCGUUCGGGGGCCGAGGAACAGCGUCUCAACGACUAUCACGAGCUAACGGCCCGACAGGUCGCAGACUUUUUGGUUCCGCGCCUGCGCAAGAGUGGAAAGGGUAUGAUGUCGCUGACGGACGUGUACUGCCUCUUCAAUCGGGCACGGGGGACCAACCUCCUCUCGCCGGAGGACCUACGGGAUUCGUGUGCCCUCUUGAACGAGGGACUCAACGUGGGAUUGAGCCAGAGGACAUUUCCCUCGGGAAUCGUCGUCUUGCAACUGGACGAGCUGGCCCUGAGUGCCACGAACUACGAGGCGCGCCGCAGGUUCAUCGAUCUCUGUGCCGACGGGAAAACCGCCCUGGAGGCCUCGCAUUCGUUACAGCUUUCUCCCCUUCUGGCAGCGGAGCAACUGGAAGAGGCGGAACGCCUCGGGUGGCUCUGCCGCGAUGCUACGCUCUCGACCGUUCGGUUUUAUCCCAACAAGUUUGUCAUYACCUUUUGACGAGAAAGAAAGAACGCCCGAUAGGGACGUGCCGCAACAUUGUAACGCUGCUUGUCUGUACCAUAACAACGUGUAUCAUUUAAAUUGCAACAGAAAUCAGUAGUAAAAUCCCUCAAUAGUU